AUGAGACACAGAAAGCUCUUCCCUUCCCAAACCUCCAACACCACCUCUCUAAACUGCUCCGGAUUCUGCGAUCCCGCCUGCCCUCUCAACUGCUACCCACUUCCCGACGACGUCUACGCCCUUCCUCCGCCGCCGCCGGCCGACCAGGGAAUUUCCCCUCUCGUCAUCGUCAUCGUCUCCAUCUUAGCCGCCGUCUUCCUGCUCGUCAGCUACUACGUAAUCUUCGGCAAGUCCUUCUUGGAGCGGCGGGGGUUCCGGCGGCAGCUCCGUGGAGAAGAGGGCGAAUCAGGAGGAGGAGGAGGAGGGGAGAACGAUCCCAAUGCCAACGUCGACGAGCAGCCGGACGUAUUGCUCGGUCGGAACCAAGUCCACCACCCGAUUUGGUACAUUUCCACCGUCGGAUUGCCUCAGUCGCUGAUCGAUUCGAUCGCCGUCUGCAAAUUCGACAAGGGGGAAAGGCUGAUCGAAGGAACAGAGUGCUCUGUUUGCUUGAGCGAGUUUCAGGACGGAGACACCCUCCGGCUGCUGCCCAAAUGCAGCCACGCUUUCCACCUUUCCUGCAUCGACACGUGGCUCCGGUCCCACACCAACUGCCCGCUUUGCCGGGCCCACAUCGUCGCGGACCUGGAGUCGGGUCGGGAUAAUUCGGACCCGGAGCCGGGUCCUACUACUGCCGCCCGCGCGGAGGCCGAUGCUGACGUGGGUGGGGAUAGCGUACGGGUCGGAGCAGCAGCGGCGGAAAACGACGACGGAGAGGCCGAUAUCAGCACAGGGGGGUUUGAGGGAUACUUUGGGGAUUCCAGGAAGAGAGUGAAGAAAUUGAGGAAGUCGUCCUCGAUGGAUUUUUUGGCGGCGAAUCUCGCAGUUUGCGACGAACCGACCGAAUCGGUUGGUUCGGGGACGAGCAGCGAUUCGGGAUCUUUCAGGCAGCCAUCGUGUUCGUCUUCCAUUGCGCAGUAUCUCCGGAAGAGCCCAGUUUCGAUGAAGCGGUCGAAUUCAUGCGGCGGGCGAUUCUUCUUGACGAGGAUUAAUAGAAGCCAGAGUCUGAUUCUUCCAUUGUGA